AUGUCGGUUCAGUCCCAAGCCAGCACGGUUCUCCUCGAAACAGUCGUUCUCGAAGUCGUCGACGAUAAUGGACACGUUUUCCAAGCCCGAGCUCUUUUAGAUUCCGCUUCGAUGUCGCAUUUCAUGUCCAAAAAUCUUGCGAACCUGCUCUCCAACUCCAAGGUUGAUGUGUCCGUAGCUGGAAUCGAACAAUCCCACCGGAAGAUCAAGCGUGCAGUAACCACCACAAUCCAGUCAAGAGUCGCGUCUUUCUCUACGAAGCUUCAAUUCCUCGUUAUCGAGCAUCCCACGGCUGACCUACCCACCAUGUACGUCCAAAUCUCUUCGUGGAACCUCCCUAAUGUGCAGUUGGCUGAUCCUGCGUUCCACAUUCCCAACAAGAUUGAUUUGGUAAUCGGUGGUGAAGCGUAUUGGGACCUACACACCGGUAAGAAACUUGACCUAGGCCCAGGUCUUCCCUACAUCAUCGAGACGUACUUAGGUUGGACAUUCUGCGGUUCAACUUCCCAAGAUUCCUCCAACUCAAUGGUGUGUACCAUAUCCAGUACUGAUGCCCUGUUGGAUGCAACUCUACAAAGGUUUUGGGAGAUCGAGACGAUUCCGAACCAAUCCGUCCAUUCCAGCACGGAGAAGGCCUGCGAAGAGCUCUAUGCAGCAACAACAACUCGUGACUCUACCGGGCGAUACGUAGUUCGCCUACCCAAAACGGACAAUCCGUACGUCUUCUUGGGAAAUUCGGAAUCCAUCGCCGAACGCCGAUUCCUCAGCUUAGAACGCCGUCUCGAGCGUGACCCCAGCAUGAAAUCAUCCUAUCACCAAAUCAUGGAGGAGUAUGAGCGUCUCGGUCACAUGAUACAUCUGAACGAACCCGUGGACAACUCGAUUCCACACUGUUAUCUCCCACAUCAUCCCGUAUUCAAGCUAUCGAGUACCACAACGAAGACGAGAGUCGUGUUUGAUGCAGCGUGCAAGACAGCAUCGGGAUAUUCCUUGAAUGACCUCCUACUUGUCGGACCUGUCGUUCAAGACGAUUUGUUGUCACUCAUUAUGCGCUUUUGUUUCUACCCCAUUGCCCUGAACGGUGACGUCGAGAAGAUGUACCGUCAGAUGCUUCUCCACAAGGCAGACCGACCGUACCAGAGGAUCAAAUGGCGUACUGAUGCAUCCCAACCGAUAGCUACCUACGAGUUGCAAACCGUGACCUACGGCACUGCUUCUGCCCCAUAUUUGGCCACAAAAACUCUCCAAAAAUUGGCGAGUGAUGCGGCCCACUUAUUUCCUUCCGCUGCGGAACCAGUAGCCAACGAUUUCUACGUAGACGACUUUCUGUCAAGUGCCGAUGAUGUCGAGUCAGCCAUCCGAAUUCGACGUGAAGUAUCAGCGAUGCUUGGUUCUGCUGGAAUCCCGAUGAAGAAGUGGGCUUCGAAUUCCGUCGAAGUCCUUGAAGAAAUUCCACCCGAAGACCGUUCAAUCCAGCCGUGGCAUGAUUUGCAAGAUCCUCAAUACGUCAGCACUCUCGGUCUAAUCUGGGAGCCCAUAACCGACAUCUUUCGGUUCAAGGUACAAUUGCCGCUGCCAGCUGCUGUACUCACCAAACGUAGAAUCAUGUCCUACGUGGCCCAAAUUUUCGACCCAUUGGGACUAGUAGGUCCAGCCGUUACGAAAGCGAAGCUGUUCAUGCAGUGCCUGUGGACACUGAAAUCCUCCGACAACGAACGCUACGAUUGGGACCAACCAUUACCUCCAAAGCUACAGCAAGAGUGGAAAGAGUUCCACAGUACCAUUGACCUUCUUCGAGAAGUUCGAAUUCCACGUUUUGCUUCCAUCGUCGGGGCCGUCAGCAUCGAACUCCAUUUCUUCGCUGAUGCUUCAGACAAGGCUUACGGCACGUGUUGCUAUGUUCGUGCGCAAUCUGCCCAGGAAGUAUCCGUGAAACUGUUGGUCUCCAAGUCUAAAGUUUCACCCCUAGCAGUACGUCAUACUAUAGCACGAUUGGAGUUAUGCGCAGCUCAUCUUUCCAUGCAGCUGUACAAGAAAGUCGCUUCGUCAUUGAGAGUUGUUCCACCUGCCUUCUUUUUGUCGGACUCCACCACCGUGAUACAGUGGCUUCGAUCAUCACCUGGACGUUGGAAAACGUUCGUAGGCAACCGUGUGAGUCAAAUUCAUUCUUCUACCCCAAUCGAUAAGUGGAAUCACGUUGCUGGUUCGGACAACCCAGCUGAUGACAUCUCCAGAGGAUUGGAUUCAGCCGAACUUCUCAACAAGGCAAGGUGGUGGAAUGGUCCAUCCUGGUUAAAAUUUCCUCCUGAGCUAUGGCCAAUAGGAACACUCCCAACGAAAGAAACUGUCGAAGUAUCCCAUGAAUGCCGUAAAAUUCCCAUUGUAGCAAUGACAGCCAUCCAAAGCACUUUCCACGAAGACCUGUUCUCCAAAUAUUCCAGUUUUUCUAAACUUCGUCGUAUGGUCGCAUGGUGGUUGCGAUAUCUGCAAGCUCUUCGUGAACGUGCAAUCCUUCGUCGUUCCAAAGCGAUCAUUCAUGGUAUACCGAAAGGAUCCAAUGAGCCGUGUAAACCCCUCAAUUCCGAUGAACUCUUAUCAGCCGAGCGAAUCCUCUGUAAAUUAGCGCAGUUAGAGAACUUCCAAGAAGAAUGCAAUGAUCUCGUUGUACGUACGAGCGUAUCCAAAUCAAGUCCGUUGAAGUGGUUGAAUGUUGAUAUGUUGAUGUAUUCGGACUGA